GCUGCUCAGCUGGAAACUGUACAGCACAGUGCUCUCGUGCGCAAAUAUUUGUCUUUUACCUCGCGGAGACAACACGAAAAGGACGUCUGUAUGUUUAGAGUUUAUUCGUGUCAUUUACGUUAAAGUCGUUACGCUUUUUUUGUUUGUUUGUUGUUGUUUUUUUUUAACCAAAAUACCUUUUAAAGGUCACAUUUUUGCCGGUAAUUUUGUGGACGCACGCGGAGGCUGAGUUACCUGACUCGUCCAUUUACAGCAGUGACGAAUUUCAGGUGCAUCUUAAACCGGACACACAUGGAUGUCUCGAGGCGGCCCAAUGAUGCUCCCCACUUCAAUCUACUCAGCUUCAGCACCCAAUAGUCACGUCAGCCAGCUGAGCAGAUACUUUUACAGCCAUCACAACACGCCUGAAGAGGACGAUGAGACCAUGAGCACAGAGGAGCGAGAAGCCAGCACAGUCCACAAGCCGGACUCCAUCUCUGACCCUAAUGGCCACCGCCGCCCUCUGGAGCACGCCGUCUUCUCCGGUGACUCCCUGUUCAGCAGACAGCAGCUGGACCGACAGCAGGAAAACACACACACUGUCCCUCAUCCUGCCUCCAGCUUCUGCUCCUACCAGCCUCCCCGCAGCUUACCUGCCGGGUACGGCCAGCCCACUCCGUUCCCCAGCCAGGCUGACGGCGCCUGGCUCCACCCGAGCUUCGCCAGCAGCUGGUCGGGGUAUCCCAACAGCCUGCCGUCCUCUCUGAACCGCAAAGAUUACUCCGGCUGCUCUGGAGACAGCUGCCUCUCAGGGUACAAGUUCCUGUCGCUCGCUCCCUGGCAGCACCUGCAUGAGCAGCUUAGAGCAGCCGCUCUCUCUCUGCUCCAACCCGCCUUCAGGCAACAUGUGUCACCACACGUUAUCUCCAUACUCGUGCUCGCCACAGGGAGCCCCCUGCUGCGCUCAGUGCCCUGCAGACGCCUUCAACAGGGGCCCAUGGCCAACAAACACCCCUGGCCUCAGUACCACCCAGCGCACGGCCCGUACCAUCCAGGCGCUUGCAGACUUCCUGGAGCUGGAUACACACACAUCGGCCGCAACGCUCCCGCGAAAGAGAAGCACCCUCCUCCGAGCACGUCGCUCUCUCUGGAGCAGAGGAAGGUGUUUGUCACUUAUGAAGCGGACAACGACAAGCACGUCAACGAGAUCAUCAACUUUGUAGCUCUGCUGCGACACAAUGGCUUUGACACACACAUUGAUAUUUUUGAGCAGCAGUUCAGGAGUAUAAGCAAGAUAGACUUCAUGGAGCGGUACCUCAGCGAGAAAGAGUACCUGAUCAUCAUCAUCAUCAGUCCCAAGUACUACGAGACAGUGACGGCCUCCCCGGUCGGCCUGGAGAACGACGAGAGGACCUUCAACACCGUCUACAUACAUAAACAGCUCCAGAAUGAGUUCAUCCAAAAUGGGAGCAAGAAUUUCAGGUUUAUUCCCAUCGUGUUCCCCGGAGCUAAAAAGUGUCACGUCCCAAACUGGCUCCAAAACACGCAUAUUUACGAAUGGCCGCUCCAUCGGGAUGACAUCCUGCGGCGGCUGAUGAGGGUCGAGAAGUACAAUCCACCUCCUAUCGGGGAACUACCGACUAUUGUUUCCAUCCCCAUAUAGAGACCUCCGACCUGUAGACUCAGACUGGACUGAAAUCUUUGAAAGAAACUUGCUCUCUGGAGAACUGCUGGUCAUUCUUGAGGUGAACGGGAAAACACGUCCAGAACGCUUUUAUGUUUCCUGAGUUUAAGUGUGAUGUUAAAGGAAUACUUCGAUCCUCAGGAAAACAACAUUUGUCAGUUACUCACCCCAUGUUACACUGAAAACUGAGGAAAACUCUGUUUUUCUAGUAUGCCUCCAUGCUGAAUGAAGAAUCCAGAAACAGAAAAUUCUUGAAAAAUUGAAGUCGUAGUUGUCCGCUUAAGUGUUGCCAUCAGUGCGUUCAACUUGUAAUUUAGUCCUUUUUUGCACCAUUUUGUCCAAUCAAAGGAUAACUCAUGGCAUUGAGGACAGUUUUUUUCCUUCGUGCCGGUGAUAGCCGUGGCUGGAGGCAUUAUGUUUUCUGGUUGUCCAACCGGCACAUUCUUCACAUUCUUGUUUCUUCAAGAAAACCUUGAGGGAAAUUCUUCAAAUCUGACACAAACAGUUACUUGGACUCUGAGCUGAUUAGAUUUUGAUGUUUAAAGGUAGAAAGUAGAAUGCAGAUUUAUUAGUCAUUUUUUUAAACAAAGUUUAAAAGGCAAAAUUAUAGUUACAAGUUGAAGGAUGAGUUGAUUAAAUUCACCAGCUACGAGGCGUCCAGUGGCUCAGUUGGUAGAGCAGGUGCCCCAAAAAUCACCAGCUACUAUGAAAUUUCCAUCUGAUUGCUCAGGCGUGUUGUUGCUUGUGGCAUAAUUUAAUUCCUGCAGUGCAUUUUUAAAAUUUGCAUCAGAAAGAUAAAGGUCAAGGUCACAGUGACCUUGCAUCCAUCUCAUUUUUGUGAACUGGAUAUCUCAAGAUGUCCUUGAAGUAGUUUCCUCAAAUUUUACACAAACAUCCAUUUCGACUCAAGAAUGAACUGAUUCGAAUCUGGUGGAGGAAAAUCAAGGUCAUGGUGACGUCAUCCAAUGCAUUUUUAGCCGUAACUCAAGAACCCUCAAAAAACACCUUGAAACUGUGCUGAUUUUAUAGAUCCUGAUCUGUUUUUUGAAGCAUUCAUGUUUUAACAGACAUGGAUGUAAAGUGCAGUGUGGUGCGGGGAGGCGUCCAACCGCGUGACGCGUUUCUCGGUAUCGGUGGAGUCUGAGAACAAAGCUUUGUCACUUUCAGUUUAGUUCCGCGUCAGAAAAUAGAAGUACGGAUCCUACAGCUGGAUCAGUGGCCUUGGAUCAUCCUGCAAAGGUUGUGUGAGAGUUUGUAAACUGAUGUUUUGAUACAGUUUUGCUGUUGUUCAAAGCGAGCUCCUCACUCUCACCCUCAGUGUUUGGAUUGUUCAUUCACAGUGGAGGCAUGGGAGAAAACAACUUUUUUUCAGGUUGAAUAUUUGAUGUAAAGAUGAUUAUCUGGGGGUUAAUGUAUUCCUUUAAGGGUGCUGUGUGAUCUUUUCUACUGGAAUAUUUUGUUUAAGUGUAAUUAGUGCCUUUAAAUUCCACAUAACUCACAGAAAAAUGCCAGUUUUUGAUGUGAAUUGGAGGUAAUAUAUUGCUUUUGGUCUCAGUGUGCACCACGCUGCAUGUUGAUGUUUACUGGUGCUACUUGAGGUUAAUUACCUUCACAACCUGACAAGUACAAUGUUUAUUCUUGAAAAGCAGAAUUUAAAAUUCAUGGCUUAUCUAAUUUGAACAUGUAUGAUUGUAAAUGAAAGAUUUUUGAUAUUUAAUUGGGACUCACGUGUGCACGUGUUCUAUAAUUAAAGAGAUGACAGAUAUGAUGAAUA